GGCAAGUCCGCCCGUAGGAGGACAUGCCCGACCUAAUUUCAUUCGGUGGUCCCGGAACGUCCGUGACGGGUGUGUCGCUGCCCCCCGCCCCUCUUCCUCCCCGCAGUUGUGCCGAACGUCUGCGGGAGGGUGCGGGCUCCCCCCACGGGCAUGGCGCGGUGCUCACGGGCAGGCCGUGGUGCCGACAGGCCUGCUCUGAGAUGCUCACAGGCCUGCGGUGGCGCUGGCAGGUCCGCCCCCCCCCCCAUCCCCCCGCAGCGGGCGUCACGGGAGUGGAAUCGCAGCCAAUCUCCGGCUCGGCCCUGCCAUCGUGCCGAGGCCGGCGGCCAAGAUGAGCCCCGCCGAGCUCACGAAGAUCCUCAGCGACCGCAUCUCGAACUUCUCGGACCAGCAGGACGUCCAGGAGGUGGGCCGUGUGCUGAGCGUUGGGGACGGCAUCGCCCGCAUCUACGGCCUCAAGGGCGUGAAGGCUGGCGAGAUGGUCGAGUUCUCCAGCGGCCUCAAGGGCAUGGCCCUCAACCUGGAGACCGACAACGUUGGCGUGGUGGUGUUCGGAGACGACCGCGCCAUCGUCGAGGGCGACAGCGUCAAGUGCACGGGCACGAUCGUCGACGUGCCCAUCGGCGACGCCCUCCUGGGGCGCGUCGUCGAUGCCCUCGGAACCCCCAUCGACGGCCAGGGGCCCAUCGCCACGAAGGAGAGGCGCCGCGUGGAGCUCAAGGCUCCCGGCAUCAUCCCGCGCCAGAGCGUGCACGAGCCGAUGACCACGGGCCUGAAGGCCGUGGACAGCCUCAUCCCCAUUGGCCGCGGCCAGCGUGAGCUCAUCAUCGGGGACCGGCAGACGGGAAAGACCGCCAUCGCCAUCGACACGAUCUUGAACCAGAAGUCGAUCAACGCGUCGCCAGACAAGAAGGCGCACCUCUACUGCAUCUACGUCGCGGUCGGCCAGAAGCGCUCCACCGUCGCCCAGCUCUUCGAGAUCCUGCGAAAGAACGACUGCCUGAAGUACACCACCAUCGUGGCGGCCACCGCCUCGGACGCCGCGCCCCUGCAGUUCCUCGCCCCCUACACGGGCUGCGCCAUGGCGGAGUACUUCCGCGACACCGGCAAGCACGCCGUGAUCUUCUACGACGACCUCUCCAAGCAGGCGGUGGCCUACCGGCAGAUGUCCCUCCUGCUCCGCCGCCCGCCGGGCCGCGAGGCCUACCCGGGCGACGUGUUCUACCUCCACUCCCGCCUGCUGGAGCGUGCCGCCAAGAUGAACGAGGAGACCAUGGGCGGCGGCUCCCUGACCGCGCUGCCGGUCAUCGAGACCCAGGCCGGGGACGUGAGCGCCUACAUCCCCACGAACGUGAUCAGCAUCACCGACGGCCAGAUCUUCCUGGAGACGGAGCUGUUCUACAAGGGCAUCCGCCCAGCCGUCAACGUCGGCCUGUCGGUGAGCCGCGUCGGCUCCGCGGCGCAGAUCAAGGCGAUGAAGCAGGUGGCCGGCACCCUCAAGCUGGAGCUGGCGCAGUACCGCGAGGUGGCGGCCUUCGCGCAGUUCGGCUCGGACUUGGACGCGUCCACGCAGCACCAGCUGCUGCGCGGCGGCAUCCUCACCGAGCUCCUGAAGCAGAAGCAGUUUGUGCCGAUGACCACGGCGGAGAUCAUCACGUCGCUGUGGUCGGGCACCCGCGGGUACCUCGACAAGGUGGCGACGAAGGAGAUCCUGCGCUUCGAGGCCCUCUGGCUCGACUUCGUCAAGGGCAGCAAGGGCGAGAUCCUCGACACGAUCAUGACCAAGAAGCAGAUUACCCCCGAGGUGGAGUCGGGGCUGAAGGCCGCCAUGGACGAGUUCCUGGGCAUGAACGAGUUCGAGGGCCGCGCGACGUGAGCUGCGUGGUGAGCGGGCGCGGGUCCUAGCGAAGGCCGGGAGGCCAUUAGGGCCGGUUGCUCACAGCAGCGAGAGCACCGCACACGAGGGCAAGAUCACCAGAGGUUGCGUGCUUACAUUGGGGCACUUCCGCUAGUAGGUGCUAAAGGUUUGCCAGUCUUGAUGCUAGCAGCCCCCUGCAGGGCUGGUAUUGGUUUCGAGCGCUCACUUCAUUGGUUGUCUCACCAGAAAA